AUGCGUGGAACCUCCGAUGUGAGAAGAGACGGGCUCUUUUACCAAAAGGCGAAACACCAGCGGGACCUCCAGCACAAAGGACUUUCCCUAGGAAACUCCAUGACUGGACAAGUUCUUAGCGAAUACGAUCCAGCUUGGUCUCCUAGCUCUAGGCAGAUCAGUGGAUCCUUCCAUACUCCAGCUCCUGGUGGACAAUGUCAUCUCUGCCUUACUCACGACGACACACCCUCUCCCUCGACCGCAAAAGAAUCCACUGAAUCACAAGAAGCCACUCUUCCUGCUACUUCCGCGGAAUCUAUGAGACACUUCACUGACAUCCGACAACUUCCCACCUCUACCACAACCUUCAACUUCAGGACUAAUCAAUCCUACGGCCAAGCGGCAGCCAUCUCAAUCCUCUACAGUGGUCAUUCCUGUGAAACAAGCACAUGUAAUAUCAAGAAUUACAAUGCUUUUCACUCUUACUAUAUGCCUGGACAAAACAGGGGUAUAUCCAUAUUUACCAAGAACUCCCUCCACACUCAGCUGAUUACACCUGCACCAGAAUGCGGAGCCCGUAUCGAAUGUCUUGGCAUUCAGAUCUCUCUAAAUCAAUCCAACUUAUUCCUCUUCAAUAUAUACCGGCCCCCACAUCCUACCUGCGAAUUAGAGAUGGAUGAACUGUUCGGAUUAGCUGCACAUGAACCGACCAUCAUAAUAGGCGACUUCAAUGCUCACCACCCAAACUGGAAUGACCCCACCACCUCCUCAGCUUACAAAACAAAUGAUGCAGGGCUACACAUCAAGCUCCUUCUAGAUUCCUUCCCAGAUGUUUCUCUUUUGAACUCAAAACAAGCUACGCACACCAAAGGAGGAGUCUUAGACUUGACCAUCCUCUCCAACUCUUUAGUAUCGACUGCAGACUGGUCCUUUCACCCCUACCUUAUGUCAGACCACCUAGCCACCUUCACCACUCUACAGCUACCACGUCUACCACUUCCUCCACCUGUCCCAAGAUGGAACCUAAAAAAAGCUAACUGGGCGCACUUCACUAAGCACUUAGAGGACUGGGCAGAGAGAUACACUCCUGCAAAUAACCUUCACCAAUUAGAGCAGGAUUUUAUUGAUGCUAUUAAGGCAGCAGCAGAUAUCUCAAUACCCAAAAUAAAUCACACAUAUCAUGCGCAUAAGGACAAUAUCCAUGAAUCUUUCAAAACCCUAAGGAGGUUAGUUAAUCAUGAGCUCCUCGACAUCAAAAACAAAGCCUGGCUCACUUGGUGUGAAAACAUCUCUGCCCACACACCCCUCCGAGAAUUGUGGGGUAAACUCCGUGCAGCAUCUGGAGCAAAAACACUAAAGUCCUCCAUACACCCAGAGCCUCUCCAAGAAGCCAAAAGAUUAGGUGCAACAUUUGCAGAAAGAUGCGCUUCAGCUCAACUGCCACCCAACAUCUCUAGAAAAUUACAACAACUCCAGACAAUACGUCAACAGACAAUCACAACGGCCAUUAAUACUAACGCUACAAGCGAUGCUCCUUUCACCAAACAAGAAUUAUCACAGGCCAUUGUCAACAAAAGAGACACUGCACCUGGAGAGGACAAAGUCCCCUACUCAUUCCUUAGCCAUUUAGGCCCCAAAUGCAAAAGUGCAUUACUUAAAAUUUUUAAUAAAUCAUUACAAGAUGGCACAUUACCAAGGAAUUGGAAGCAAGCUAUAAUUCAGCCCAUUCCCAAGAAAGAAUCAAACUCCUUCAGGCCAAUCUCCCUCCUGUCUUGUGUAGGGAAAUCCAUGGAGAGAGCCGUACUCAACAGACUUCAACACAUCAUUCCUAAAUUCCCACCGCAUAUCUAUGCAUACCAGAAAGGUGCAGGCACAGGAGACAACAUCAUCACUCUCCUUUCCCUUCUAGAUGGAAAGGACAGUAUUGUAGUAUUUCUGGACCUCGAAAAAGCUUUUGAACUCGCCAACAAAGAUGCCAUCCUUUCUUCAUUAGCAGAGAAAGGCCUGAAGGGUAAACUCCUCUGCUGGCUACAGGACUACCUGACCGACAGGCGUGCUAAAAUCAGAUUCCAGGGUCAUCUGUCCAACUCUUACAACUUUGAGAAUGGAACCCCUCAGGGAGGUCUCCUAAGUCCAUUCCUUUUCAACAUCCUGGUUUCCAACUUAAUGACAAUUCCCUUCCCAGCAAAUGUACACUUGUUAGCAUAUGCUGAUGACAUACAACUCGUGGCCACAGGUCCAAACCGACAUAUCAAUGCCCAAUCAGCACUUGACGCAAUUGAAGCAAAAAGCAAAGAACUGGGACUCAAGUUAACCCCGACAAAUCAAAAGCACUCCAGACUCACAUCCUCCAAAUUAGGCGCUGGGUUCAAGGUAUUACGCCUCUUCUACACACAUGCCAUAAGAUCCUUAGUUGAUUACAGCGCACCAGCACUCCUGACUUUAAAACCUGAUCAACUAGCUUCCCUGGAAACAAUACAGAACCGAGCCAUGAGGACCAUCCUUGCUGCACCUACAUGGACAAGGCUUGCCAAUCUUCGAGUAGAAACAUAUUUAACAUCUCUCCAUAAUAGGACUCAGCAACUGUCCGUUAGUCUCUGCUCGAAAAUUAUAACAUCAACAAGACCUUCCCCCUUGAAGUCAAUCACCCAUCUACUCAACAACCAAGAACUAUGCCACAGUGCAAGAUGGCACGGCCAGUUAGUAAAGGCAUUCCACUCCUUAAACACCCUUCAAAUAUUAACCGCAAGAGGCAUAGAUAGUGUGCACCCACACUAUCAACCUAAUCCACCAUGGAGAGACUGGGAAGCAAAUAUCCGAACCGAUACCAUUCCCACCAAGAAAGCUCUCUGCACUCCGGCCAUGAUUGCUCAACUGGAGGCAAAUAUAGCUUCACUCAGACAACCAGAAGCUCUCUUACUAUUCACUGACGGCUCGGUCGAUCAAACAAAUGGCAAAGCAGACUCCCUCUCAGCCUUACAGGUUCUAAGGAGAACCCAAGCCACAGACAACUUAAGGCUUAUCUCAACAGUCCUGUUCCAUAUACGACAACUAAAAGAACAGGAGAAAAUCCUAACUUUCUGGUGGAUACCAAGCCAUGUCAAUAUCACAGGCAACGAUUUAGCUGACACUGCUGCUAAAAACAGCCUCAAGAACCUCUUAGUCACAGGCCACAUUCCUCCAAGCCUCAGCCAGCUGAAGAAGCACGUACGGAGAGCCGCUUACGAAACUCUCCUCAUCGAGCACCGUGCAUGGGUCAUUGCAGGCUCACCAUCCGCAAGCUGGUACAAGAUAGUUACUGAAUGCAAUCCCCCCUUCCUUGUCAACAACCUCUCACGAAACACCGCUGCCAUCUUUCACAGACUUCGCUUGGGUUACCGCUGCAAUUGGGAGAUUGACAUGCGGGUUCCCAAGCCUUGUACAUUGUGCGACACAAUCACUCAAGAACCCCUGAUACACUACGUACUAGACUGCCCAAGCAUCCAACAUCUCCGACCCAGGAAAUUCCACAGCAACAACCGACAAGAUGAAAGCCACUUUGCAUCUACAGCUGCCAGAUGCCUAGUGGAAAUGCUCAGUCUCCCAGACUCACUAUUAGUCUUCACCAGAGACCCUCCUCCUAGAUGA